AUGGAGAAUCAUGAUGAACCAGUAAUGGGUUAUCUAGUAAGGUUAGUCAUCAUUCCAUCGGACGAUGACCUCUCCGUCCAGCAAAACUCUGUUGUUCCGGCCAGUGCUCAUUCUCUAGCCAUAGAAUCUCCACCUACAUAUAACGAAGAAGAGCUGCCUUGCAUGGUAGUUCUCCAACGGAUAGUUACGCUCAUUGCUAUAAUCUUAGUCGUUCUAUUCUCUCGACAAAACCCACCAAAAUUUCGAGUCAGUUCCAUCACUGUAUCGAUAUUUAAACCACCGGCGUCUCGGUUAACGACAAACGUCAGUUUCUCUAUUGAAAACCCUAACAAGAUGGCUACCAUAUUCUAUGAUGAAGCUUACCUUAGAGUUUUAUCUAAUAAUUCAACUAUUUCUUCCACACCCAUCUCGCCUUUUCAUCAGUUUAGAUCAGCAGAGAUACUGCUGAAGGCAAAUAUUGAAGCACCAUUGUUGUCCAUUAACAAGUCUGUUGCAGAAGCCAUUGAUGCUGCUAAGAAAAAUGGAUCUGUGGUGGAGUUUACCGUGACAGUGGAUGCAUGUGUGAGGGUUCAGCUUGGUUCCUUGAGGUUGAAAAGUGGAAAGAUGAGGGUUACCUGCGAGGAAGUUAAGGUAAAGAGUAAUACUAGAUGUGCUUAA